UCCUAAGUUGACUAAUCAUAUACUUGUAUAAGUACUUUUCCUGAAAAUUUCGAGGGACUUGAGAGAGCAAAGCAAAGCAAAGUAUUUCCGACACUGCCGUCGACCUCUCUCUUUCGCGCUCGCUUGCUUAGGAAGCCAUGACCAGCUCCUCUGCCGCUUCACGCAAGGCUUUAAGCAAGAUCGCCUGCAAUCGGCUCCAGAAAGAGCUUGUGGAGUGGCAGGUCAAUCCCCCAGCCGGUUUUAAACACAAAGUCACUGAUAAUCUUCAGAGAUGGGUCAUCGAAGUCAACGGAGCCCCAGGAACUCUUUACGCCAAUGAAACAUAUCAGCUCCAAGUUGAUUUUCCCGAGCAUUAUCCUAUGGAAGCGCCACAGGUGAUUUUUAUCCCUCCAGCUCCUCUGCAUCCUCACAUUUAUAGCAAUGGCCAUAUCUGCCUAGACCAUGCAAGUUUGGCCUUGGAGAGUAUCCUUCUCUGUUCACCUAAGCUUGAGGCAAACUAAUUGUGUCUGCAUUUGUUUUGAUCCUAGCACUGUUUAGAAUGGUCCAUUAACUUUUGGAGAAGACGAGCCAAUGAAGGUCAGCCGUUACCUGAAAGAAUAUAUCUGGAUUAAAAUUUGAGAAGCCGGGUAAUAUUGUUUUGUUGGCUCACACGCCCAAUCGUCUGGUGCCUACUGUAGUGAAUACAUCAGAUGUUGGGGCAUUCAUCUUGGGUUGGAGAUUUUCAAAUUCGGAAUGGGCCUGGUUAGAAACUUGACGAAAAAAAUGAACUAGAAGUCAUGUCUAGUAGUGAGGUAGAAGGCAUAUAGCUUUUAUUAUUGAAUCACAGCAAAUAUUAUAACCAUACCAUACUGUGAAUUUAAGAACAAAGGACCGGAAUUCUUAAGAAAUUUUGACGAAUAGAUUAUAAUUUAU